AUGUCGUCGGCUGCCGUGCAGCAAAGCUCCCUGGCCCAGCAGCAGACGUACAGCAACAGCUCCAGCUCGCGCGACCGCUUCUCGCCCUCCACCGCCGCCGCCAGCGCCAACCCUACGCCCGCACUCUCGUCGUCCCCGCCGUCGCGGCGACCUGCAGCCCGAGCAGAUCAUGACACGCCGCAACAGCAGCCACAGCCACAAUACCCUACCAGCGCAUCUAUGACAUCUCCUCGCGGCCAGCCCGCGUCGCCCACGGCAGGUGCCAUGAGCUCAUCAAUAUACAACCAGUUCUACCCAGACCAAGCAGCACAAUCCUCAUUACCACCGACACAGCUGCCCAUACGGACAUCAGCACAGCAAACGCCCGCACACCAGCCUACAGCAGCAUCAUACGACGCACGCGGAUAUGCCUCGCGGCCCUCGCGAUCACAAGGCCAGGCUCAGCCUGGCUACGCCAACCAAGGCGACAACGACCGACGCCAGCAAGGACCUCGUUCACCGCGGGAAGAGCAACCGGGCAGCGGAAGGGCUCAGCGUACGCGCAAUGCUCCUACAUCUAGCAGAUCAGCCACUGCCGUUGGCCAGCCGCCGAUGGGCACUGAUCUACCGCGUGAGAACAGCGCGGUUAUCAACCGCAUAGUGGUGGAUGACCCACAAGCCGACCUCGCUCGCGAAGAAGCUCGCAAAGCUGAAGGUCGACCACAUGGAGAAAUGGCCCAGUAUGCACAGGAGACUGAGCCGGCGCCAGUGCAGAGAAGUCGGCAGGAACACCUCAAGCACUUCUCGUCAAGUCGAAAAGAGGUCAAAUUCGGCGAGUACAUUCUUGGUCAGACUAUCGGUGAAGGAGAGUUUGGCAAGGUGAAGAUGGGCUGGAAGAAGGACUCCACUGUCCAGGUUGCCAUCAAGCUGAUAAGAAAAGAAAGCCUGGCUGGCAACACCACCCGGCUACCCAAAAUCUACCGCGAAAUCGCCAUCCUUCGCGAACUACAGCAUCCCAACAUUGUACGCCUACACGAAUUCGUUGAGACGGAAAGACACAUGGGCAUCAUCCUCGAAUACGCCUCUGGAGGCGAGCUAUUCGACUACAUCCUCAACCACCGAUACCUAAAGGACCCUGCAGCUAGGCGACUGUUCGCUCAACUGGUCUCUGGUGUUGGUUACCUCCAUAAGAAGGGUAUCGUUCACCGUGACCUGAAGCUCGAGAACCUCCUACUCGAUAGGAAUAAGCACAUCAUCAUCACUGACUUCGGCUUUGCGAACACGUUCAAUCCGGAAGAUGAGCUUGGGGAGGACAUCGAGAACAGGAUAUCCGAUAAGGACUUUGUUAAACGCCAGGGACUGGACAAGAUAAUACCCCACCAAGGUGAAAGAGACGGAGGUCACAGACGUGGUGAUCUCAUGCAGACAUCGUGUGGUAGCCCUUGUUAUGCAGCUCCUGAGCUGGUAGUAAGUGACGGGCUGUACACCGGCCGCAAGGUUGAUGUGUGGAGUUGUGGUGUCAUUCUGUACGCCAUGCUCGCCGGCUACCUCCCCUUCGACGACGAUCCAGCCAACCCAGAAGGCGACAACAUCAACCUACUCUACAAAUACAUUGUCAGCACACCUCUAACCUUCCCCGAAUAUGUCACGCCGCAUGCACGCGAUCUGCUGCGAAGAAUCCUCGUCCCCGAUCCACGACGAAGAGCAGAUUUAUUUGAGGUUGCGAGACACAGCUGGCUUAGUGAGUACACUCAUGUCGUUGGAUUCAUUGGCAGCCGAGUGAAGGGUGAGUCAACCAAUAUACUCCAAGACGGUGACGAAGGACAACUCCAACGCAGCUCUUCAGUACGCGAGCCAACGAGCAGAAGCCCGGCGGUGGACAGAAUCACCAAUCAGCCUCCCAAGCAUGCUCCAGCUGCUAGCAUGGGCGGAGAUGAAGCAAGCGACAUUCGGAACAAGCAGGCAAGAGAUGCCAAGAGAAGGACUGUGCAGGUCGAAUACGUUGCUCCUCACGGCUCGAACGCCCGUGUCGAUCGUAGUCCUGAAGCCACCGCCCAACCCAAACCUAUACCCAUCUCAGCUGGCUCUGCAGGAAGAACGAAAGCUCGCGCCGAGGUUGGACCUGUCGAGAUCUCAUCCACGAGAAGAGAAGAGAACACAAUGGCACCUCCAUCGAGGCCUGGAGGCAGGGACCAGAUCAGAGCUGCUUCGGAUUCUGCCAACGCCUUUGGGACUUCCGCUGGAACCGCAACAUCUCGACCAAACACGAGCGGAACAUUCGGCGGCAACGCACGUCUUCCAUCCCGUGGAAACUCAUACAGCCAGCCUGCUGCAGCACAGCCGACCAACACGACAGCGCAAGGCUCCUUCUCUCAGCCCAAGUCUGGCUCUGGAUACAUCAUCUCCUCUGAGCCAUCAUCAGCUGUUGAUGCCAGUGGCCGCCCGAUGAGCGAACAGCAACAUUCUGGACCUCAACAUCAGCAGAGCCGACAAUCUUCGUAUCAAGGCAAGCCGCCUGGACACCGACGAAGUAGUACUUUGGGCAGUCUUGCAGACAAGGUGCUGAACAAGAGUAACUCUAAGCGUCAAUCUCAGCAGGAACCAGCUGCAAUCAACAACGAGAAGAGGGACCGCAGAUAUCCUCCAGUCAGCAUGAAGAAUGCCAUACCCACAAACGACGAACCUGGUCCACGUACAUCAUCUGACAGUCGACGACCAAGCUUUGGCUUCAACAGGAAGGCUUCCAAGGAACGUGACCCCAGCUUGCAAGGCAGAAGAUCGUCGAGGCGCUUUUCUUGGUUGCCUGGCAGCAUGAGCUUGGCAAGUUUCACUGGCGGUCCUAAGCGAGAUCAAGGCUACGAUUCCGGCGACGAUGGCUAUAGACCACCUAGGGAUCCCUACCAGCAGCCACCGAUGUCGCAACAAUCUCAGCAGUCGCGGAUUGGCAGCGGAGGCAGACCUCAGAGCAAGGGCAUGGCAUUUGGCCGCGGACAAUCGCAAACUCCGAGCGAAGAGACGACCAAUAGCACCAUCCCGCUGUACUACGACGAAGAAAGGGAGAAGGGUCGCGAUCAACGACGACACCAAGGCCGGUACGAUAAGCCAUUGCCAUCGUCACCAGGCGCCGAGCAAGGCUACGGAGAGAGUCGGCCAGUGCCUGCAAAGACUGGCACCCCGCCAGCUGGCGGAGUACAGCGGAAACAGUUCCGAGAUGAUGGUUACGGCAACAACUUGCUUGAGAGUGACUCCCGACCGCAAGACCCGCCGGAGCGUUUCUACACGCCAAGCCAGGAUCCCGAGUUGGGCGGGUCGUCCAGUCAACCUCGACUUGGGCAGUACGGACCAGACAGCUCUGGUCAAUGGGAACCAUAUGGAACAAGCCCUCGACAGACCAGUCUUCGACCACAGCAGAGGAAGUUCGGGUACGAUGAUCAUGGUCACGGCGGCAGCUCCAGUGCGACGAGGCGUGUUAUGGACUUCUUCCGUCGGCGUGGUAAGGACCGAGAGGGCUAG